GUCUCGGGAGUCGAGCCCCGGCCCUAUGGCCUGUGGGCACGCGCCAGGGGCCGGAGUGGAGGCCGGCCCCGGGUAGUCAUCCAGGGCCACGCCGGUCCCAUGGCGGAGGGGGGCUGCAGUGAGAAUGGGCCUGAGUCCGAGGAUAUGAAGGUUGGGCUCAUAAGCUGGGCUGGCACCUACCUGACCGCAGAGGCCUACGGGAACGGUGUCACCGCGAUGGCCAAGGGCUUGGGCAGGAGACAGACCUGGGAGCUGUGGGUGAGCCAGGAGCACGGCCGCAAAGCGGUGGUUCGCCUGCACAGCACGCAGGGCCACUUCCUGCUCCCGGAGACGGGCGGCUCGGUGCGCUGCGGCCGGCCCCAGGCCUCCCAGCACGGCUCCUUCCUGCUCCGCUUCCAUCGACACGGAAAGUGGACCUUGCAGUGCACGCUCAGCGGCUGCUACCUGGAAUCCGACGGCGAGGACGUCUUCUGCACCUCACGCUCCCUCUCCGCCUACCACAUGUGGAUGCCCCGUCUGGCCCUGCACGCCCACAUGUCCAUCUACAGCCCCGGGACCGGCUGCUACGCCCGGGCCGACCCCGAACUGGGGCGGGUCUGGGUGGACGCUCCCGUGCCCUUCUCGGCCGACUGCGGCUUCCUGUUGCGCUUUCAAAACGGGCUCUACCACUUGGAGACGUCCACCCACCACUUCCUCUCCCGAGCGGACCGGCUGGUGACCCAGCCCUCGUCCCAGACGGCCUUCCACCUGCAGCUGCGGCCCGGGGGGCUGGUGGCCCUGGGCGACGAGGAGGGCGGCCUGCUCUAUCCUCAGGGAGGCCGGGGUUUCCUGAGCAUGGGCGUCUGCCCGCUCGGCGAGGAGGAGUGGUUUCUGCUGCAGCGCUGCCCGGCCUGGGUCACCCUCAAGACGAAGGACCGGAGGUUCGUGUCUGUCAUCCGUGACGUGGAGGUGUGCAUCAGCCCCGAGCGGGUGACUCCGCUGUCCAUGUUCCAGUACGUGUGCCACCCUGAGACUGACUCCGUGCAGCUCCGGACUGCCAACGGCAGCUUCCUGGCCCAGAGGUGCUGUAAGAGCGUGGUGGCCGACGGACAGACCACGGAGCCGGAGACGGUGUUCUCCGUGCAGUGGCGCUCCGGCAAGAUCAUCCUGCAGGCUUUCAACGGGCGCUACCUGACCCCGGUGUCCGCUGGGCAGCUGGCAGCCAGUACCGUUCACCCGGGCCCCCAGGAGGAGUUCGGGGUGCGCCUGGCCAAUCGCAACUUCCUGGCGUUACGCGGCCGCUACGGCUACGUGGGCACCCUGUCCGGGCACGAGGACCUGCAGUGCAACAUGGACCAACCCGACUGCAUCCAGCUGCUGCCUUGCCGCCAGGGCAUCUAUCACUUCCAGGGGCAAGGUGGCGCCUUUUGGUCCUUAACCUCCUAUGGCACCUUCCGGCCCUGGGGGAAAUUUGCCCUCAACUUCUGCCUGGAGCUCCGGGGGAGCAAUCUGCUGGCUGUGCUGGCCCCCAAUGGCUACUACCUGCGCGCCGACCGCAGUGGCACCCUGCUGGCCGACAGCGAGGACAUCACCUACGAGUGUCUCUGGGAGUUCUAGGGUCCCCAGCCUGUGCCACCCAGAGAGCGAGGUAACGCGGUCGGCCGACGCCGUGGAGCUGGAAUCAUUUCUGAGCCCAGAUCAGUGGUCAAGAUUCCCCACUCCGAAGCGACCCCCAGGAUGGGAUAGAAGUCCGGAGCCAGGAUGUGGGAGGAAGUCGUCCACUGCACGCGCCCAGUCCUCCUGCCACACCAAACCGGCCCUCUCCUUACCUCCGCCCAACAUCAAUAUACAGUAGUGGCCACUCCCA